AUGCAGGAAAAGAAAUUCUCCAAUGAUGGCAAGUCCAGCAUACAGGAUCUUCUGGACAGGUAUCGACCGGACCUCAAACCGUUCGAGGACAUAUACCGGGAUCUACACAGCCAACCUGAGUUAUCAGGACAAGAAGAGCAGACAGCCAAACUAGCAGCCGAGCACUUGAAGUCUUUAGGCUAUGAUGUGCACACAGGAAUCGGGGGUCACGGAGUAGCGGGUGUGCUCAGGAACGGAGCUGGUCCAAAACUAUUACUCCGAGCCGACAUGGAUGCCCUGCCUGUAGAGGAAAAGACCGGUUUACCCUAUGCAAGUACUCGAGUCGUCAAGGGCCCAGAUGGUGUCAGUACACCAGUUAUGCAUGCCUGCGGACACGAUUCACAUGUUACAACUCUCAUGGCAGCUUCAUCGCUGUUACAUUCUGCACGCGAUCAUUGGAGCGGAACGUUGAUAUGUAUCUUCCAGCCGGCAGAAGAGCAUUUAACCGGUGCACAGGCAAUGCUGGACGACGGACUAUACGAAAAAAUACCAAAGCCAGAUCUCGUACUUGCUCAACAUGUUAUGUGCAUGCGAGCUGGUACAGUCGGUAUUCGCGAAGGCGCUUUCCUUACAGCUGCGGAUGCCUUCGACGUGCGUGUUUUCGGCCGCGGCGGCCACGGCUCUUCGCCGCAGACAACUAUCGACCCGAUUAUUAUUGGUGCCUCGAUUGUAAUGCGCCUACAGACUAUUGUAUCUCGUGAGGUUGUUCCUGGGGAAUUGGCUGUGGUGUCGUGCGGUAGCAUCAAUUCGGGUCAUUCGUCCAAUAUCAUUCCGGAUUAUCUAGAUCUACAGCUGAGCGUGCGGACCUUCAAGCCCGAAAUACGUGAAAAGGUCUGCAAGGCUAUCCAUCGGAUUAUUGAGGCAGAGUGCGAGGCUGGGGGCGCUGUCGAGAAACCUAGGAUCACUCGGACAUUCUCUGGCCCCUCUACAAUCAACGAUGAGAAGACGGUUAGCGCUCUACGCUCUACAUUCAAGUCGUUCUUCCAGGAGCGCCUCGUCGAAGUGGACCGUCCGGCUGCCAGCGAAGACUUCUCACUUUUGGCAACCGCUGCUGGGGCACCUUAUGCCAUGUGGAUCUUUGGGGGGGAUUGA